GCAGCUCAACGAGUCUUGCAUCAAUACACACACUGAGUGCUCUUCUCUGCUUAAGAUACUUGACGGUGACAGAGCUGUACACGAAUGAUGACCGACAAGGCCGAAAGUAACAGGGACGUGGAAUCCCAGCAUAAGAACAAGUUUGUCGAGAACGAUGCUGGUGAUGGCACCAACAGAUUUGACCAGCAAGAACAUGGGCUGAAGCUGGUGUUGUCUGUUCUGUCGUGUGCCAUCGCUCUGUUCCUCAUAGCUGUGGACCAGACUAUCGUCUUCACGACGAUUGAAACCAUUGGAAACAAGUGGGGUGAAUACCAAAAGUCCACGUGGGUAGCAAGUGGUUACAUGCUUACCAUGGCAAUGUUUGUGCAGAUCUGGGGGAAGUGCUCUAUAUACUUUGGAAGGAAGCCUUCGCUCCUCCUCGCCAUCUCCAUCUUUGAGCUUGGUUCACUUAUAUGUGGAGUAGCUCCUUCGAUGGAUGCUUUGAUAGUUGGAAGGGUCAUUGCGGGCAUUGGUGGUGGUGGAAUACAAGUACUGGUUUUCAUCGUUGUGUCUGAACUGGUGCCGAUUAGUCGAAGAUCGUUGAUGUUUGCUAUUUUGGGUGUGAUCUUUUCCGUCGCAUCGAUUGUGGGCCCUGUGAUGGGUGGUGCCUUCACCGAUAACGUCACCUGGAGAUGGUGUUACUACAUCAACUUGCCUCUCGGAGGGUGUGCUCUAGUGCUACUGACCCUUUUCUUUAAACCACCGUCAUCGAAGUUCACCUGGAAGGAGAAGUUCUCGCAGAUUGACUAUAUUGGUAGUGGUCUGCUUAUGGCAGGCAUAGUGUUGAUACUGAUGGCACUUACUGUCGGUGGUCAACAGCUUCCAUGGUCGUCAGGGGGGACCAUUACUCUCUUUGUUCUCGGUGGAGUGAUAUCGAUAAUAUUUAUCAUUUGGAACUUCAAAUGGUCCAAAAGACAAGUGAUUCCAACAGACAUAAUCGUCAAGAAGUCCGUUGACGCUCCGUGCUUCCAUAUCUUUCUGUGCUUCCUCAUAUUCAUGGCCUUCUGUCUGUAUUUCACCACUUACUUCCAAGUCGUCCGUGGUUACGAUGCCAUCAAGGCAGGAGUACACUUCUUCCCAUUGGUGAUUUCACUUGUUCUAUCAUCAAUUUCCACGGGGGUACUAGUCAGAAAGACACGCUAUAUCAUGCCAUUUGCCAUACUUUCCGGUGUCACUGGUGCAGUUGGACUGGGAGUUUCCAGUCUUUUGACUGAGACCUCGUCGCUGAGCCAAACAAUUGGCUAUAUGAUCCUCCCUGGAAUCUCUGUUGGAACAGGUUUGCAAGCCUCGCUCAUAAGCAGCCAGGUGAAUGCACCAAAGUCUAUGGGUGGAAUGAUUAUGACAACGUCGUUUACAAACUUUAGCAGAGCCUUGGGAGGUGCCUUUGGUAGCGUAUUGGCACAAGUGAUUUACAAUUCUUCCCUACACAACAAGGCAACAGCUGCCAUCAAGAAUAACCCGGCUAUCUUUGGUGAUAUCGACUUGGGCGAUGUGGACUUGAUCCUUUCGUCCCCUCGAGUCAUCAGAACCCUUCCAAGCGAUGCACAAACCAUCAUCCUCAAAGCAGUGAUGGAAUCCAUCAGAAACGUCUUCUACUUCUGUACGGGCAUCGCUUCGUUGAUGUUCGUGGUGACUUUGCUCUACUCUCCAAAGAGGCUUCCUAGUGACGCUCAGGUGGAGCACAAGACGGAUUAUGAGCCGAAGCACGAUGCUACAACACAGCCAAUUCAUGAGCCCCUAGACACAUCGCGGUCGAGUGCAGAUGUAUCAUCUCCUGAAGGGAAAGAUGCAGAUUUCAUCUCACAAGAAGAUGUGAAGUUAACAAGAUCGAGGACAUGAGACCUUCUCCCACGCCAAUUGGGUUAUAAUCGACUUUGAGAGUACCCAA